GGCGAGUGUGCAGAUCUGAGUUCUUUUUCCCGGAAACACAUGACUUAAACCGGAGGGUCAGAGUCCGACUGCAGGCUAUUCGCUGUUUCCAAAAUCGCUACGACAUUGCCUCUCGUUCAAAGGGCAAAGAAAGGGCCUGAAAUCCAAAUCCAGGAGACAAAUUUGGGAACAGCCAAGAAUUAUAUGGGAAUAUAAAGUGUUGUGCGAAUUACUGUAGAUGAUCGUGAAAAGAAUCUCUCAUUACCUUUUGCACAGAAGUGGCAGGCGGUUUCUCUCUGGUGCCAUGAGGCUAGUCCAAUUUCAGCCCAAGGGUGGACCUCAGCAGAUCAGAAUUGGAGUGGAGGAGAGCAAUGGGGGCAAUAUUAUUGAUCUGAACGCCUUUGAUCCCACAUUGCCACACACCAUGAGGGGACUCCUGGAAAUGGGAGCACAUGGAAUGGAGACUGCAAGAAGAGCUUUAGGCAGUGGUCAGCAUGUAGUGCCACGCAGUCAAGUCUCAAUCUUUUCGCCUAUCACAAAUCCUGACAAGGUGGUCUGUGUGGGAAUGAACUAUGAAGACCACUGCCGGGAGCAGAACGUACCAUUGCCAAAAGAGCCCAUUAUCUUCAACAAGUUCUCCAGCUGCAUUGUGGGACCAUAUGAUGACAUCAUAUACCCAGCAGUGACCACCGAAGUGGACUGGGAGGUCGAGCUCGCUUUUGUGAUUGGGAAAACAGGAAAAGACAUAGAGGAAAAGGAUGCACUCGGCUACAUUGCUGGUUUCACUGUGGCAGAUGAUGUCAGUGCACGCGAUUGGCAAAAGCGGAAUGGGAAGCAGUGGCUCCUGAGCAAAACGUUUGAUACCUUCUGCCCUCUUGGACCAGCACUUGUUACCCCAGAUGCUCUGUCAGAUCCACACAACCUGAAAAUUUGCUGCCGAGUCAAUGGAGAAGUCGUUCAGGACAGUAAUACCAACAAGAUGAUCUUUAAAACAGCGAAGCUCGUUUCCUGGAUGUCCCAGUUCACCACGCUUUAUCCAGGAGACGUCUUCUUAACAGGAACACCUCCAGGAGUUGGCGUCUUUAGAAAACCACCAGUGUUCCUUAAGAAAGGGGAUGUGGUGGAAUGUGAGAUUGAGGAAAUUGGACUCAUCCAGAACAGAGUGGUGUAGAAGAAGAACUGAAGCAGCUUAUUGCAUAAUUGUGCAAUACUUUGCUUUUGAAAUGACAUUUUACAGGAACAAAAGAUCACAUUUAUAGUCUCCAAUCACAUAUAGAACAUCAGUUCUAAACCCAAUCACUGUCCGAGUUUGAAGUAAUCAUCACUAAUCAGAGGAAAUCUCUGCCUUUGCCUUCAUAUCAGAGCACACAAGGAGCAAAUAAUGAUUUUUUUUUCCUAAUGAAAAAUGUAAUAAAUGCAAAUUUAGAAGCUGAA